AUGUGUGGAAUUCUAGGUCUGCUUCUGGCCGAUAACAACGGCGUGGCCUCCGCUGAGCUUCUGGACGGUACCAUGUUCCUCCAGCACCGAGGACAGGACGCCUGUGGUAUCGUUACCUCCGGUCCCCGGGGUCGACUGUAUCAGUGCAAGGGCAACGGUAUGGUCCGGGACGUCUUCACCCAGACCCGUGUAAAGGGUCUGGUCGGAAGCAUGGGCAUUGCUCAUCUGAGAUACCCCACUGCCGGCUCCUUCGCCAACUCCGAGGCUCAGCCUUUCUACGUCAACUCGCCUUAUGGACUGGUCAUGUCCCACAACGGUAACCUUGUCAACGCCCCUGCUCUGCGAGACUACCUUGACAAGUCUGUUCACCGACAUAUUAACACUGAUUCCGACUCCGAGCUGCUUCUGAAUAUCUUCGCCGCCGAGCUGCAGAAGCAUGACAAGGUCCGAAUCAACUCCGAGGAUAUCUUCACUGCCCUUGGUGGCGUCUACCGAGAGUGCCGAGGAGCUUAUGCCUGCACUGGAAUGGUGGCUGGCUACGGUCUCAUCGGUUUCCGAGACCCUCAUGGAAUCCGACCCCUGGUGGUUGGUUCUCGACCCUCUCGAACCGGUAAGGGCAAGGACUACAUGUUCUCUUCCGAGUCCGUGGCUCUGCAGGCCCUUGGCUUCACCGAGUGGGUGGACGUCAAGCCUGGAGAGGCUGUUAUCAUUGAGAAGGAUGGCGGAGAGCCCAUCUUCCGACAGGUUGUCCCCCAGGAGUCUUACACCCCUGACAUUUUCGAGUACGUGUACUUUGCCCGACCAGAUUCUGUCAUGGACGGUAUUUCCGUCUACCGAUCUCGUCUGGCUAUGGGAGGAAAGCUUGCUGACAACAUCAUUGCAAGAUUCGGAUCCCGAGAAAAGAUGCUUGAGGAGAUUGACGUGGUUAUCCCCGUUCCCGAUACUUCUCGACAUGCUGCUCUCGAGUGUGCCGUCAAGCUGCAGAUCCCUUACCGAGAGGGUUUCAUCAAGAACCGAUAUGUUGGCCGAACUUUCAUCAUGCCCAACCAGCAAGAGCGAAAGUCGUCUGUUCGACGAAAGCUCAACCCCAUGGUGCCCGAGUUUGACGGCAGAUCCGUUCUGCUCGUAGACGACUCCAUUGUCCGAGGUACCACCUCCAAGGAGAUUGUGCAGAUGGCGAGAGAGGCUGGAGCCAAGCGAGUAUACUUUGCAUCUUGCGCUCCCCCCAUCCGACACAACCAUCUGUACGGUAUCGAUCUUGCCGACACCAAGGCCCUAGUUGCCUACGACCGAGACGAGAACGACAUUUCCGAGCAGAUUGGAGCCGAUGACGUCUUCUACCAGACCCUGGAGGACCUCACCGAGGCUUGUCUGCCCGACACAGACACCAUGAUCACCCCCAAUGCCAUUGUGCCCGACAUCAAGGCAUUUGAAGUGGGUGUGUUCAACGGAGAGUACGUUACUGGUGUGGAGGAUUCGUAUCUGGAGUACCUGGAGCGAAUCCGAGGCCAGAACCAGCGAAUGAAGGAGCUGGGCGCUGAUGCCGAUCAGGCGAUGGCUUCCAAGCUUGCUGUUUACGGUGCCGAGGAUCCCAAGGCUGACGUGGACAUUGGACUUUACAACGAGGGAGACUACAAAUAG